AUGGCUGCGCCGACUGACCCUAUCGACCUCUUAUGCGGUUGGCCGAACCCCGCGCUCCUCCCCGCUCCUGAUAUCCUCCGCUCCGCCACAGACGUGCUGACCGUUCCUUCCAUUGCCAACCCUGCCUUACUCUACGCCCCAGAUGAAGGCUGGGAACCAUUACGAGUCGAUAUUGCCAAAUGGCUAACCUCCUUCUACCAACCCUGCCACCCCAUUUCGCCCCAGCGGAUCUGUAUCUCCGGUGGCGCAAGUCAGAACCUCGCGUCCGUGUUGCAGGUCUUCACGGACCCGUUGUAUACGCGGAAUGUCUGGAUGGUCGAUCCAACAUACCACUUGGCUGGCCGCGUGAUGGACGAUUCCGGUUUCUCGGGUCGAGUGCGUGCCGUACCUGAAGAUGACGAAGGGAUUGAUCUAGAUUUCUUGGGGAGUGGGUUACGUGCUGCGGAGGAUGAGGCGUUGUCCGUGGGCAAUACUGAACCGAAAAUUAAACCCCCUCGACCCUGGCGCAAGAUCUACAAACAUAUUAUCUAUGCGGUCCCCACCUUCGCCAAUCCCUCGGGCAAGGUUAUGUCCCUGCGCCAUCGGGAGAGACUUGUUCGAUUGGCUCGGAAGUAUGAUGCGCUACUGGUUACAGACGAUGUCUAUGAUCUUUUACAGUGGCCAUCUACCAAGGGCGAUGAGAAGACCUCGACCGACCAUGCUCUGGUGCCCCGUUUGGUAGAUGUGGAUCGGUAUCUGGACGGCGGCCCCAUUGAUGAAUGGGGCCAUACAUUAAGCAAUGGCAGCUUUAGUAAAUUAAUUGGGCCAGGAACUCGCACUGGAUGGACAGAGGCAUCUGAAAAGGUUGCAUAUGGACUAUCACAAGUAGGGUCGUCUCGGAGUGGUGGAGCACCUUCCCAACUCUGCGCAGCCAUGAUCUCGUCAUUGAUGCAGAGUGACUGGCUGGAGUCUCACAUUCGUCAUACUCUCUGCACCAGCUAUUCCGACCGAUACCAUUUACUGGCGGACGCCAUCAAAGAGCACUUAGUGCCCCUCGGCGUCACCCUGCCGGCCGCCUCAACGCCGGUGGCUGGCGGGUACUUCAUCUGGGUUACCCUGCCAGCUCCACUGUCCGCGCGAAGCGGGCCCCAAACGGAUGAGAACUUGCGCUUAGCGCCUGGCAAUCUAUUUCAGGUGGCGGAGGGUAAUCUCCAGACAACGAGUGCUCGUUUCACUAAUAAUCUUCGCCUCUGUUUUGCGUGGGAAGAGCCGUGUCACCUGACGGAGGGAAUACGUAGACUUGCGCGUGUUGUGGAGCGAAUGGCUUCUGAGUCAUUAUGA